GCCGCACUUCCCGUCUAGGAGAGAGUGUAAUAUGGCGAAGACCUACGAUUACCUGUUCAAGCUGCUACUCAUCGGGGACUCGGGGGUGGGGAAGACCUGUGUCCUGUUCCGCUUCUCCGAGGACGCCUUCAACUCCACUUUCAUCUCCACCAUAGGAAUUGACUUCAAAAUUAGGACCAUAGAGCUCGAUGGCAAGCGGAUCAAGCUCCAGAUUUGGGACACUGCUGGGCAAGAGCGGUUUCGGACGAUCACGACGGCCUACUACAGGGGCGCCAUGGGCAUCAUGCUGGUCUACGACAUCACCAACGAGAAGUCCUUUGACAACAUCCGAAACUGGAUCCGGAACAUCGAGGAGCACGCCUCGGCUGACGUGGAGAAGAUGAUCCUGGGCAAUAAGUGCGACGUGAACGACAAGAGACAAGUGUCCAGAGAGCGUGGCGAGAAGCUGGCUCUUGACUACGGGAUCAAGUUCAUGGAGACCAGCGCCAAGGCCAACAUCAAUGUGGAGAAUGCAUUUUUUACCCUUGCCAGAGACAUCAAAGCAAAAAUGGACAAAAAGUUGGAAGGCAGCAGCCUGCAGGGCAGCAGCCAGGGGGUGAAGAUCACGCCAGACCAGCAGAAGCGGAGCAGCUUCUUCCGCUGUGUCCUCCUGUGAGUGCCGCGCCUGGCUCGCCCAGCUGACUGUGCCUGUCCCGGGCCUGUGCCCAGCGGGACCCUCGAGUGCCACGUGGCCACGGCACCCUGCCGCCAGACCUCCACUGAGAAAUCAUUUAUUUUAGUAACUGUCUGAUCUUUUUCAACUGGGAGAUGGAGAGUUGAGAAUCUGCUAUUUUUCCUAUAACAUCGCCACGCCAGCCCCCAGAAUGGCAUCACGUGGGCAGAGCACGCCAAGGUCGAGGGCGACAGCGGCAGCAGCCCCUGGCAGCCUGUGUCUCCAUCUCCCGCAGCACAUGAGUGUCCACGGAAGCCUGUCCCUGGUGGCCACCAGCCUCUGGGCCCGGGAGGCAUCGCCUGGCAAAUCUGGCACCUGCCGUCGCCAACUCUCAGUUUUGGACAAAUGACAGAAAACAUUCCUCUCCCCUCUCCUUAACUGUUAAACCAAAGGGAAGCACAAAUAAAAGACAUCCGCGCACCGCGGUUCCAAGGACAGGACAGGGCCCUCGCUGGCCCCUCAGGGCCCCACGGGAAUGCCAGCCCGCCACGCGCAGGCCGCCCUGGAUCGGGCCCUGUCCCCCACGCCUCCAAAUGGGACCUUCUUUCUAGCUGAGAUUUUAUUUUUCCAGAGUCCUAGUGCCAGCAAGCAACACCAACCCCACGUCAACCCAGUGGCAGAGCCAGGUGACUGGGCACACCCCCCUGCCUGACACAGGCACCAACAGUCCAUUCCACUGUCCUGGUCUCCGAGGCUGGGGGCCGACAGCACACCUGCGAUCCAGCCUGGGACCUGAGUGCCCGGUGUCCACUCUGUCACUUUUGCCCCACUCCAGCAACUGUCAGCCUGAGUCCUUGUGUCCCAGUGCCCCACACCCAAUUGAAACUGACCCCAGCCAUAGUCUGCCCUCUACCUAAUCCAUCCGUCUACGCCCAGACCUACAUCUACAGAGAGCAAAGGAUUAAAGCUCAUUUCCAAGUUCACA